CCAGCUGGAUCGGAUUGGAUGAUCGCCAACAAGAUCGAAAGACCCCAAAAACUACACGAAAAUACAAACUUGAAACUUGAGACAUGAGUUCGGCAAUUGUGGGAGCUGCAUCAGCAAUUGGUGGAGCUGUAACAGCUGCCACCAGCAACAGUUGGUUCAUUCCCAUGCUAAUGGCGGCAGUGGCCUAUUUUCAGUAUGAGGAGAUAAUGGAUCCCGAGUCCAAGCCCAGUGAUGUCAGCGGCGAUGAUAUAUUGGAUCACUAUGAUUUUAUAGUGAUAGGAGCUGGAUCGGCUGGUGCCGUCGUAGCAAAUCGUCUAACUGAGGUGGAGAAUUGGAAUGUCCUUUUGCUGGAAGCCGGCGGCGAUGAGACUGAACUAACGGAUGUGCCAUUGAUGGCUGGUUAUUUGCAGCUAUCGAAAGUUGAUUGGCAAUACAAGACGGAGCCAUCGGGUACCUCGUGUUUGGCCAUGCAGGGUGGACGUUGCAACUGGCCACGUGGCAAGGUCCUUGGCGGCAGCUCUGUACUCAAUUACAUGUUGUACUUGCGCGGCUCCAAACAUGACUAUGACAAUUGGGAGGCUCUUGGGAAUCCCAGUUGGUCGUAUCGUGAUGCGCUCUAUUAUUUCAAGAAAUCGGAGGAUAAUACCAAUCAAUAUCUGGCCAAUACGCCAUAUCAUGCCACAGGCGGUUAUCUGACGGUGGGUGAGGCUCCAUUUCACACUCCCUUGGCGGCUAGUUUUGUGGAGGCUGGCGUGGAAAUGGGCUACGAGAAUCGUGAUUUGAAUGGCGAAAAGAUGACCGGAUUCAUGAUAGCCCAAGGCACUACAAGACGUGGCUCCCGUUGCUCCACUUCCAAGGCGUUUUUGCGACCAGCCCGUCUGAGACCCAAUUUGCAUAUUUCAAUGAAUUCGCAUGUGACACGCAUUAUGAUUGAUCCAGUCAGCAAAUUGGCCUUUGGAGUGGAGUUUGUCAAAGAUCAGAAGCUGUACCAUGUGAGGGCCACCAAGGAAGUAGUUCUCUCCGGGGGUUCAGUCAACAGUCCCCAAUUGCUAAUGCUAAGCGGUGUGGGUCCGCGCAAAGAGUUGGCCAAACAUCGUAUACCCCUCAUCAAGGAGUUAAGUGUGGGCGAGAACCUUCAAGAUCACAUUGGACUGGGUGGCCUAACGUUUCUGGUGAAUCAGCCAGUUUCCAUAGUGGAGAAUCGUUUCCACACCAUGUCCACGGUGUUGCAGUAUGCAGUAUUUGGCCAGGGUCCGCUCACCAUUCUCGGCGGUGUUGAGGGUCUGGCCUAUGUGAAUACGAAAUACGCCAACAGUUCGCUCGAUUGGCCCGACAUUGAGUUCCAUUUCGUUUCCGGAUCGACCAACUCCGAUGGUGGCUCACAACUGAGAAAGGCCCAUGGCCUCACCGAUAGCUUCUAUCGAUCGGUUUUCGAGCCCAUUAACAAUCGGGAUGCCUGGAGCAUUAUACCCAUGCUGCUGAGACCUCGCAGUUCGGGUAGCAUUCGUCUGCGUAGUGGCAAUCCCUUCGAUUAUCCCUACAUCUUUCCCAACUAUUUGAGCGACGACUUCGACAUGCAGACCCUAAUCGAGGGUGUCAAAAUCGCCGUUGCUCUGUCACGCACCAAGGCAAUGCAACGCUUUGGCUCUCGUCUCUCCAACAUACGUUGGCCGGGCUGUGAGCAAGUGCCUCUCUUCACCGAUGCCUAUUGGGAGUGUAUGAUCAGGCGUUAUACGUCGACCAUUUACCAUCCAGUGGGCACCUGUAAAAUGGGUCCCUAUUGGGACAAGGACGCUGUCGUCGAUGCCAAACUGAGGGUCUAUGGCAUACGAGGAUUAAGGGUCAUCGAUGCCAGCAUUAUGCCCAAACUUGUGUCGGCCAACACAAAUGCUCCAGUCAUUAUGAUAGCCGAGAAGGGCAGCGAUAUGAUUAAAGAGUUUUGGAUUAAGAACACAAUUGUCUGAGUGUGUGAAAGUGAAUGUGCAUGUGAGUGACUGUGAUGACUAAUGAAUGUUUGAAAUGCUUGAAUGUGUCUGUAUGUGAAGUAUUUUGUUGUAGUGUUAAUG